ACAAUUUCAAGAUGCCUGGACGUUCCAGUUCAAAUUCAAAUUCAUCUGGGUUUAUAUCAUUCAGCGGUAUAGAAUCCGCUCUCUCUUCUUUGAAGAACUUUCAGUCCUGCAUCAGUUCUGGAAUGGAUACAGCAUCUAGUGUUGCUUUUGAUCUUGUGGAAACUCAGACUGAAGUGAGUAGCGAAUACAGUAUGGACAAGGCAAUGAUUGAAUUUGCUGUGAUGGAUCGGGAACUAAGCCAUUAUGUAAAGGCUGUUCAAUCUACCAUAAAUCAUGUAAAAGAAGAACGUCCUGAAAAAAUACCUGACCUAAAAUUACUAGUGGAGAAGAAAUUUUUGGCUUUACAGAGUAAGAAUUCAGAUGCAGACUUUCAAAAGAAUGAGAAAUUUGUACAAUUUAAACAGCAGCUCAGAGAACUAAAGAAGCAAUAUGGUCUUCAAGCUGAAAGAGAAGCUGAUGGAACAGAAGGAGUAGAUGAAGAUAUGAUUGUAACCCAAAGUCAGAUCAACUUCAUCUGCCCUAUUACACAGUUGGAAAUGAAGAGGCCAAUGAAAAAUAAAGUGUGUGGCCACACCUAUGAAGAGGAAGCCAUUGUUCGAAUGAUUGAGUGCAAGCAGAAGCGGAAGAAAAAGGCCCGAUGCCCUAAAAUUGGCUGCAGCCACGAAGAUAUGCGAUUGUCUGAUCUCAUCCAGGAUGAAGUCCUCAGGAGGGCAAUUGAGAGCCACAAGAAGAGGACUCAGCCAUCGUAGGGCUGACCUCCUGCCCCCACCCCACUUGGAAGGAACUGAGCUGACCUCAUCCCCUGACCACUGUAGAGCAUUGGGGGGCAUGCAGCAUACCGGGACUUUUUCGUAAUUGAGAACAUUUUUCUAUGUACUUCAAAAUUUCCAGAUUAUAGUCUUUAUUUUUGUCAUUUUAAAUAAAACUUUGAUUACCCA